AUGGACACCCUAAAAGGCUGGCAGUUCGAGGACAGCGAUCGAUCCUCGUGGGAUAUUGUCUGGACAUGUCUGACUACCAUCUUCGCCUGUACAUGGACUAUCCUGCACCAAAACGUACCCACGCGGUAUGCCUCGGAGAACCUGGUAACUGCUUCCAAGCUCUUGUCGUGGGCUAUAACCUUCCUGGCCCCCGAGGCGCUCUUCCUUAUAGCUCUGGACGAGUUAUGGGGCGCAUGGUCGAUGGCCAGGCGCUGCAAUGCGGCCCAAGGGAGCACUGGUAGCAGCGACUCUGUGACAGGAGAGCCCAUGUCAUGGCUAUAUAACCGAACCAAGCCGCUGUCUGAAGCCCACGCUAUUAACAACAUGGAUCUGUACCCUCUCCCCGCGCGUUGGACGGUUGCGCACUGCUUCUGUGUCCAAAUGAACGGGGUGACUCUGGAGACAGAGGAUGGAUGGAUCUACUAUGUGAGGAAAGACCAGAUUGUCGCCUUUGUUGAGGCAGGUAUUAUCAGGAGUCCUGACUUCACCGACCGAGACAUCACCGACCGAGCGAAAUCAGAUGCCUUUGCGAAGGCGUUUACCGUUUUACAGAGUACCUGGGUCACCGUGAACAUCGUCGCUCGCGCUGGGUAUAACCUCCCUAUCACCCCACUGGAGUUCUCGACGCUGGCAUAUAUCGCCUGUGCCCUGAUGACCUACGCCUGCUGGUGGAAAAAGCCCCAGGGCAUGGCCGUUCCCAUCACAUUAUACCUGCGAUGCACUCGCGCUGGCCUACCGCUGCAGAUUCAAAACCUUACUGAUGUAUUUCCGAAGCGAUGGGAGCACCGUCGUGUGUUCUCACGCAGCCGUGUCAGUACCGCAUUCCGGCGCUUAGGGACAGAGCUCCAGACUGGUUUUAUGGCCGAGCCCGCCGAGGGAGGCAUAAGAAGAGGAUAUUCGGGACAUACAGUGAAGGAAGAGUCCCUUGGGAACACGAUGAUCGCCUUAUCAGGGCUUGUUUUCUGCGGAAUUCAUGUUGCUGCGUGGAAUUUCCCAUUUCCAACGCAUGCUGAAGCUAUCGCCUGGCGGGUAUUUGCACUCACUGGGCUUGGAUCGGUGGUUGUGAUGUAUCUAGUCGGUCAAGUACCACCCACUCUGACAUGGCUCCGCGAUAAAGGAGUUACUUUGCCCCGCUGGGCCCAAGGAUUAAGUGACCGGGAAGAUGGGUUCACCGCAGGGGAAAUAUUCUUGUCUUUCUUUUCCCUGUUAUUAUAUAUCCUGGCUCGCCUGGGACUGGUGGGGUUAACACUGUCUUCGUUGCGAGCGCUGCCUGCUAGUGCCUAUACUGCAGUGGUCUGGCUGGAUUCCAUUCCGCAUAUAUAA